AUCGAGAGCACCUGUCUCCUAUCCGCUUCCUCGCAAGCGCCCUUUGUGGGGUCUCCGCUUUCUUCUGUUUGUGCCUCUCGGAGCGCGACGGAAGAACGACGGAAGCACCGCCGCGAUUCGAGGAGAGAGGAACCACGCAGGGCGACGAAAUGGUCGAUGCGCGCUUCCAAGUUUGAGAAAAAGGCUUUUUUUAAGAUUUCUUGACUCAUUGAGUUCCCACUGUGGAGCCUUCUCCUUUCCAGUCGCAAGAGUACUUCUCCAACUGAAAACGACCUUUCGACUCCAGCGACGACAGCCCCGGAUGAGACGGCAGAGUUCCGUUCGCCACCACUCUUGUCGGAAAGAGUUUCUAGGCCCUCGUCCCUCAACUAAAAGAGAAAACGCUUUCUGUCUUCCACGUCUCUUCUUCCUUUUCUCCUUCCCCACAGAUCUACAUAUAUCAAGGAUAUCACCCCUGUAUAUACAUAUAUAUAUGUAUAUAUAUGUAUAUAUAUAUAUAUAUAUAUAUAUAUAUGUAUGUAUAUUGUAUAUGAGAAGUGACGGAUGCCUGUGUAAGGGACAUGGGUUAAGAAGGGUGAAAUUGGGGUUCAAGUACUGACAGAGAGAAGAAACUCUGCAUGCGGCUGCAGGCGCUUUUCCCUGAGGCAUUUCAGAACACCGCGCGCCACAAUGAGGCAACUGAAGUUCCAUGAGAAGCGACUGCUGAAAAAAGUCGACUUCUACAACUGGAAGAAGGAACAGAAUGUCCGAGAGGUGAAAGUUCUUCGACGCUACCUCAUUCAAGAUCGAGAAGACUAUCAAAAAUACAACAAGCUGUGCGGUGUGAUCACGAAGCUGACUUCGGAAUUGCGGCGACUUCCAGAAGAUGAUGCUUUCCGAGUUAAAAUGACUGAGUUGCUUCUGGACAAGCUAUACACCAUGGGAAUAAUCAGCAAAAAAGGCAGCCUGGCUCAGUGUGAAGGCUUGUCGGCCUCCAGCUUCUGUCGCAGACGCCUCGCCGUGGUUCUCGUCCAACUCAAAUUCUGCGAGCAUCUCAAACAAGCGACAUCCUACAUAGAACAAGGCCAUGUGAGAAUUGGCUCAGAAGUCUGCUUAAAUCCCGCCUUGCAUGUGACCCGGGAACAAGAAGACCUCAUUGGCUGGUCGCAGGGCUCCUCGAUUCAGAGACAUGUCAAGCAGUUCAACCAGACUCUGGACGACUUUGAACUUCUUGCGAUCUAGUUUUCUCUCCUCUUGUCUCUUGCUUUUCUGUUGAUCUGCCGCGUUUCCCACACGUGCCAGCCAAAUGUCUUUCUCGCCAUCCUUUUUUCUUUAGACGCAGGUUUGACCCCAGGGCGGGCAGGGUGUCUUACGAGGAACGCGAGGCGCGGGCGUUUCUUGUGUUUGUCAGUUUGUGGCGGUUUCUGCCGCCAGCGCUUUGUUCCACUUGAGGUUCUGCGACGGUAAAAUGAUCACAAGAGAACUCCGUGACUUUAGACGACACACCUGUCACUCCUUUUUGGGCGUUGUGCACAGAAAACAUCUGACCAUGACAUAUUCGCCGGGGCCCUCCUGGUUCGGGGCUUUCCCUGUGCGUCUCGGGACGGCUAGUUUUCUUCUCGUGGCUUGGAGAUUCCCACGGACAGAGCAGAAGGGUUGUGUAUAGCAGUGAUAAAGAACUCGGUUGUCUGUACCGCCUAACUGGAGGCAUAUUCAGCACCUUAGAUACGAUAUGGCUUUGCGAUUUGAGUCAUUCUAAUCUGCACACAUAAGAUCACUAACUAUUACAUUAUGCUCCGAAGUGUAACGGC